AUGGAACAACAAGAGCAGAUUAAUACGGCAUUAAGAGAGGAUGUUGACUCUAUAAAAACAACAAUGGGUAAGCUCCUCGAGCUAUUCCAAAAUUUGGUCACCAAGGAAAAUACCCCUCAACCGCCAGGGAGUACGGAACGGCCUGAACUCGGCCUUCCCAAAGGCUAUACCCCUCCCGAAGAAGGUGACCCAAAUCAUACUCCUAUCAUAAUACCAGUCACAAAUGAGGACCCUCCUCCUCGAGGGGUUUCAAUGCUCAAAGAGGCCAGUAGCCAACCUCAUCACGCGACCAAAGGUAUGGAAGGUUCUGCGGGAAGCCGAUCAAUGGUUGUCAAUACUCACCCAGAUGUUGAACCUGCUCAAAUGUAUCGGGCUUUCGAGGAAAGACUAAAGGCGGUGGAAGGUUUCAGUGCUUAUGGGGUCGAUGCUAUGGACAUGUGUUUAGUUCUUGAUGUGGUCAUCCCUCCAAAAUUCAAAGUGCCUGACUUUGAGAAGUACAAGGGUGUCCACUGCCCAAGGAAUCACUUGAAGAUGUUCUGCAGGAAGAUGGCUGCACACGCCACUGAUGAGAAGCUUAUGAUCCACGUGUUCCAAGAUAGUCUAAGUGGGGCAUCAUUGGAUUGGUAUAUGCAAUUGGAGAGGACCCAAAUCCAGACAUGGAAGGAUCUUGCUGAUGCUUUCCUAAAGCAAUACAAAUAUAACUUGGACAUGGCUCCCAAUCGCCUACAACUUCAGAACCUCACUCAGAAGCGCGAUGAAUCAUUCAAAGAGUAUGCUCAGAGGUGGAGGGAAUUGGCUGCUCGUGUGCAACCACCGCUAUUGGACAAAGAAUUGGUUGACACGUUUAUGAGCACUCUGCGAGGCCCAUACUACGAGAAAAUGAUAGGGUGUGUAACAUCUGGUUUUGCUGACAUGGUGAUAAUCGGAGAACGAGUGGAAGAGGGGUUGAAGAGCGGUAAAAUAAAAAGCGCCUCCAAUGGUCAAGAUGGGGCAAAGAGGAAGAUCGAGGGCGAAACUAAUGCCAUUGCGGUAGGGACAUCACAAGGGCCCACAGCUCAACUACCGUAUUUCCAAUACCCCUAUGUGGCAGCGGUAGCCCAAGGGCAAUACCCACAACCGGUGUAUCCUAUGACUCCAGCUCAGCAAAAGCCUCAAGAACGGCAAAAUGGGUACCAACACAAAAACCCACAAAAGAAUCAACCUAGUCUUGAAAGAAAGAACGUGCCCUUUGAUCAGAUGCGCUUUGAUCCCGUACCUCUGUCGUAUGGUCAAAUCUUGUCGUACUUAAUUCAAAAAGGAUUGGUUGAGCCAAGACCUCUUCCCCCUGCAAAAAAACCAUACCCGCCUGGUUUUGAUAUGAAUGUCAGAUGUGACUAUCAUGCUGGGUCACCGGGACAUAAUAUCGAGGACUGUAGGGCCUUCAAGUACAAGGUGCAAGAACUCAUCGACCGCAAGUUGCUGUCUUUCGAGGAAGAAGCCGAUUCGUAG